CAAAAAUCCCCAAUUUCUCUCUAAAAAUCUAAAUAAAAUUUCACCCCCGCCCGACCCCCUAGAUCUCGCCGGCACAUUAGCCGCCGUGUUGCUUCCGGCAAUAGCCUUGAUCUCCGUCAAAUAAAAAUCAAUAUGAUAGAAAUCUUUCAGUUAGCAGUCACUGAGAAUCAGCAGUAAGCUCACUGCAAGUCAAGGAAGAAAAGAAAUGUCUUUUCAGAAUCAAGGGGUUUGGAUGGGGAAAGAUGCUGCCGCGACAAAUGAUAGUGAAUUUAAUUAUGAUAAUUCAUCCAGAAUUGAGCUCAAGCGUUCUCAUCAGUGGUUUAUGGACGGUCCUGAGACAGAGGUAUUUUCCAAUAAGAAACAGACAGUGGGAGUUCCAACCAACAAUUUGUUUUCAGGAUUGCUAAAUUCAAAUGUUCCUUCAUGGGAAACUGCUUCUGGUUUUCAGUUAAUCUCUGGCCAUUUGUCUGAAAGGUUAUGGAAUUCUGACUCAGCAAGGCCUGCCAACCUUGAUGACACAAACAUUUCAUCAACUAGCUCAGAUAAAUUUGACAUCGGGAGGAAGGUAGAUGAGAAUCCAUUUGGGAAUAAUUUCUCAUUUGGUUUAUCUACGCCAAACUCGCUGGAAGAUCCUAGAUCAGGUUUAAAUAUUGGUGGGAUUAGAAAAGUGAAAGUUAGCCAGGUUAAGGAAUCUGAGAAUGCCUUGCCUGUAUCGCUAAAAAAUGACUAUAAUAGAGUGGAUUGCAAUAAUGCAGUGUCUAUGGCCCAUGCUUAUGACAACACAAAUGAGAAUACCAUAUCAAAGAGCCUUGGUUAUAACAAAGGGGAUGCCAACGUCAUGUCUAUGGGUGAAACCUGUAACAGGGAGAGUGACAUGUUUGCUCCAAUGGAACAAACCUACAGAGAGAAUAAUGGUGCCAUGGCGUUAAGUCAAAUAUUUAAUAAUGGGGACAAUGAUGUCAUAUCUGCGGGACAAUCCUACAAGGAAGAUGAAAAUACUGUAUCACUGGGGCACCUUUUCAACAAAGGCAAUGACAGAACCAUUUUAAUGAGUCAAUCCUACAAUAAAGUUGAUGAUUCCAAUUUGGACAUUAAUCAGUGCUAUAACAAAGGAGAGAGCACUAUAAUAUCCUUUGGCAGCUAUGAUGACAGUGAUGCAAAUCCUUCCGGCAGGCUCAUAUCAACUUAUGAUUUAUUGAUGACUCAAUCUUCACUUCAGAGUUCAGAUAUAAUAAAUGAGACAGAUGUGAUAAACAUAAAUGUGGAUGCACUUGUAUCCGCCACCCCUAUAACUGCCUCUGUAACUGAAAAUUCUAAGAAGAAAGAGGAUCAAAAAACCUCUAAGAAGGCCCCUUCCAACAGCUUCCCUACAAAUGUCAGAAGUUUGCUAUCCACUGGAAUGCUGGAUGGAGUUCCUGUAAAGUAUAUCUCAUGGUCGCGGGAGAAGGAGCUCCAAGCUGUUAUAAAAGGUUCUGGAUAUUUAUGUGGCUGUGAGACAUGCAGUUUUUCUAAGGUAAUUAAUGCUUAUGAAUUUGAGCGUCAUGCUAAUUGCAAAACAAAGCACCCAAACAAUCACAUAUAUUUUGAGAAUGGGAGGACUGUUUAUGGCAUUGUCCAAGAGCUGAGAAGCACACCUCCAAAUAUGCUGUUUGAAGCUAUUCAGAUGAUUACUGGAUCACCUAUUAAUCAGAAGUCGUUUCGUCUUUGGAAAGAAUCAUUUCUAGCUGCAACACGUGAACUUCAACGUAUUUAUGGAAAAGAUGAAGGAAAACCCAGUAAUGAAGCAACCCUGUGUCAGUUGUAAGGUAGGGUUUUUUUUUUUGUGCAUACAAAUGAUCUUUUUGGCCACACAUUGUAAUUCGUUAAGGGUGAAGGGCAUUGAAUGUUUGCAAAUUCUUGGAACUGAUUACGACGGAGAAAGUAGGAGAGCAAACUUGCCAAGGAAAGUUUUUAUUAGGGUCAUUAGAAAUGUGAAAGCAGCACAUAGCCCUUUCAUUUAAAGAGAAAUGAAAAUCAAAUUAUACUUUAUUUUGGUAAUAGAAGGAAACUUUUGUAAUUUUAAAGUACCGUACCGUCUUCCUUCAUUAUUAGGUCUUGUAACAUUUGAAUGAGAUAAUCACCUUUUACAAA